GGCCCCGCCAUGGACCACCAAGAGCCCUACUCCGUGCAAGCCACCGCCGCCAUCGCGUCGGCCAUCACCUUCCUUAUCCUUUUCACCAUUUUCGGCAACGCACUGGUUAUUCUGGCUGUGUUGACCAGCCGCUCACUCCGUGCACCACAAAACCUGUUUCUGGUGUCAUUGGCGGCCGCGGAUAUCCUAGUGGCCACCCUUAUCAUCCCUUUCUCUUUGGCCAACGAGCUACUGGGUUAUUGGUACUUCUGGCGCACAUGGUGCGAGGUCUACCUGGCGCUAGAUGUGCUCUUCUGUACCUCCUCCAUCGUGCACCUGUGUGCUAUCAGCCUGGACCGAUACUGGGCAGUGAGCCGAGCAUUGGAGUACAACUCCAAGCGCACCCCGCGCCGCAUCAAAUGUAUCAUCCUCACUGUGUGGCUCAUUGCAGCCGUCAUUUCUCUGCCGCCCCUCAUCUACAAGAGUGAUCAGCGUCCGGAGCCCCACGGGCUCCCCCAGUGUGAGCUCAACCAAGAGGCCUGGUACAUCUUGGCUUCCAGCAUCGGCUCUUUCUUUGCUCCCUGCCUCAUCAUGAUCCUCGUCUACUUGCGAAUCUAUGUAAUUGCCAAACGCAGCCACUGCCGAGGUCCCAGGGCCAAAAGGGGCUCUGGAGAGGGUGAGUCCAAGCAGCCUCGUCCUGUCGCUGGGGGAGCUCCAACCUUAGCUAAGGUGCCAACCCUGGCCUCUCCUCUGUCUUCGGUGGGAGAGGCCAAUGGACACCCCAAGCCUCCAAGGGAGAAGGAGGAGGGGGAGACCCCUGAAGAUCGUGAGUCCAGGGCUUUGCCACCCAACUGGUCUGCCCUUCCAAGAUCAGGACAGUGCCAGAAGAAGGGCUUUGGUGGGGCGACUGCAGAGGAGGGAGCUGAAGAGGAGGAUGAAGAGGAGGUGGAAGAGUGUGAACCCCAAACCCUGCCAGCAUCUCCUGCCUCGGUAUGCAGCCCACCCUUGCAGCAGCCUCAGGCUUCCCGGGUGUUGGCCACUCUUCGUGGCCAGGUGCUUCUGGGCCGGACUGUGGGUGCAGCCAGUGGGCAGUGGUGGCGUCGUCGGACACAGCUGAGCCGGGAGAAAAGGUUCACCUUUGUGCUGGCAGUGGUCAUUGGCGUUUUUGUGAUCUGCUGGUUUCCCUUCUUCUUCAGCUAUAGCCUGGGGGCCAUCUGCCCACAGCGCUGCAAGGUACCACACGGCCUCUUCCAGUUCUUCUUUUGGAUUGGCUAUUGCAACAGCUCUCUGAAUCCCGUUAUCUACACCAUCUUCAACCAGGACUUCCGACGUGCCUUUCGAAGGAUCCUUUGCCGGCAGUGGACACAGACUGCCUGGUGA